AUGCACAUCUAUUUAAAUCUGCUCACAUCUAUCUAUCUAUCUAUCUAUCUAUCUAUCUAUCUAUCUAUCUAUCUAUCUAUCUAUCUAUUUCUCGUUUAUUGUCUUCUUCUUUUCGUCCACGUUUCUUCUUUUUCUUCUUUGACUCUUUCUUCUUCUUCUUCUUCUUCUUCUUCUUCUUCUUCUUCGUCAUCUUCUUCUUGUUUUCAACUUUUAUUUUCUCCUUCCGUUUCUUUCUUUUUCCUCUUCUCGUUCUUCUUUUUUUUCUGGUUGUUCAUUCUCCUCUUUUUCUUCAUCUGUUUUCCCUUCUUCUUCUUCUUCUUCUUCUUCUUCUUCUUCUUCUUCUUUCUCGUCACCAGUUUUCCCUUCUUCUUCUUCUUUCGUUGUUCGCUCUCUUCUUUUUAUUUAUUUAUGUUGUUCCCUUCUCCUUUUCUCAUUCAUUCCCUUCUUUUUCUUCUUCUGUCGUUCUUUUCUUCUCUCGUCGUUCGUUUCCUUCUGCCGUUCUUCUGCCAUUUUCCUCUUCUUCUUCUUCUUCUUUUUCUUCUUCGUUUUUCUUCUUCUUCCUCUUCACCCAUCUAUAAUUGUUAUCUCCCCACCCCCGCCCAACGCUCCCUCUCUUUUCACUUCUUCUCACUGUCAAAUAAACAGACUCAGUGUUAUUUUCUGUUAGAUUUCUUUCCCCCCCUUUCUAUUUCACUGGUUAGCUCAGUUAAUCUUUUGUUGUCAACUUCUAGUUUUGUUCCAAUUAAUUGUUUAUAUCUAUCUAUCUAUCUAUCUAUCUAUCUAUCUAUCUAUCUAUCUAUCUAUAGAUAG